AUGGCCAUUGUAGUGUUACAUGAUGUAGAUGUGACUGUAUUAGCUGUCACUUGUGAUGGCCUUUCAACAAAUAUUGGAAUGGCCAAGGCGUUAGGUGCAACUAUUGCAGUUGACAAUAUGAAGCCCUAUUUCUCUCAUCCUGUUUCAGGGGCUGAAGGAACUGCAGACGUUUGUCUUAUUUUUGACCAAAAAUUUGUAACUCCAAAAAUCCAUUCGCUCAGGGAUGCAAAUCACCCCAUCCCUCAAGGAUUCAAGUGGGAAGCUUUUGUGCACAGCGGCGGCGUGUCUCGGAGCGAGCGCGUGAAUCAGCGGUUGCUGGUGGGAGGCGCGGACGCUCCGCACGGCUGCCCGCGGACAGACGGCGUCCGUGGUUUCGCGACCAGUCAGUCGCCCGCCAUCUGCAGGCUGAACGAGAUGGCCGCGAGGGGCAGCACCGGCGCGCUGCUGGUGGGCGCGGCUGCUUGCCUGAUGCUGACGCAGACGGCGCUGGCUGCAACGGUCAAACGAAAGCCCUUUGACCUAGACGAUAUUACCUCCGGAGAAUUCUCGCCAGAGGAGUUUGACUUCGAGUGGAUAAGUGGGACGGAAAUACUCUACAAGAACGACAGUGAGGUGGUGGCAAUGGAUGUGAGCUCCAUGAAGAGCAGAGUACUUGUACCCAAAGAGGUAUACAGCAGUAUCCAGGCGAACGUGUCUUUGUUGUCGGCAGAUGAGCGCUACGUUCUUCUUGGUUAUGACGUGGAAAAGGUAUUCCGACAUUCAGCAAUUGCGCGUUAUGUAGCCUACAACAUUGCGAAAAACACGACGACGCAGAUCGCCCAUGGGGAGCGACUGCAGCUCGUGGACUGGUCGCCAGAGGGCAACGCGCUCGCCUACGUGCUCCAGAACGACCUGUACUACGUGCCGGAGGUGGGCGGGCAGCCAGUGCGUAUCACUGACGACGGCGUCCCAGACGUCAUCUACAACGGCGUCGCCAACGAACUGACGGACGAGUCGCUGAGCGCCGAGGAGUCGCUGAACAAGGAGGGCGCCAUCUGGUGGUCCCCCAGCGGGUCUCGGCUGGUGCUGGCGCGCUACGACGACUCGGCCGUGCAGAGCAGCAGCCUGCUGCGCUACGGGCAGCCCGGCCUCCUGCAGGGCCAGUACGCCACCGUCGUCUCCUUCCGCUACUCCAAGCCGGGCACGCCGAACUCCAGAGUAACGCUGAAGUUGGCAACACUACCUGCUGCCGGCGAAGCCUCCGUAACCGUCCAACAGCUCGUGGGUCCCACAGACGUCCUCGGCAAGGACUGCAAUCCAGAGGACGUCAGCUGGGCUGACGACAACACUCUAAUGGUAUCGUGGAAGAACCGAGUGUCCAACGUGCGGCAGUUUGUCUCCUACAACACCGAAAGCGACACCAAACGUAUGCACGGCCGGCAGGGCGUGAAGAUGGCGCAGCCGUCGGGCUGGCUGGACCCGCAAGUGUCCUUCUUCAGAGGGGGCAACUCGUCGACCUUCAUAACGAUCGACUGGGUGCCGCAGGGCGGCGGCGCCAGCUUCCCGCACGUGGUCUCGGUCACGGGGAAGUCCAUCAAGGCCGUCACCUCUGGAGCGCUGGCGGUCACCGAGAUAUACGGCUGGGCCGACAAUGGCACUGUGUACUACCAGGCGACAGAGGAGGGCCAGCCAUCGAGGCGGCAGGUGUUCGCCGUGGAGGAGGGCGGCAGUCCCCGCUGCCUCAGCUGCGACGUCAUCAGUCCCGAGGGGAACGCCUGCCUGCGCGCCUCCGCCAGCUUCAGCCACGACCUCAGCUGGUUCUGGCUCACCUGCCUCGGGCCCGACCCGCCUGUCAUGACGACGCAUCCGACUGCCGAUCCCGACAGCGACGUGCUGCAGUGGGUGGACAACGAGGAUCUGCGGACGCAGCUGCUGAGGAAGCAGCAGCCGCGCCAGUUGGACGACUGGGUGGAGGUGGGGGGCGGGCUGCGCGCGCAGGUGCGGCUCUGGCUGCCGCCGGGGCUCGAUCCCCGCACCUCUGAGAAGAGGCCCGCCAUCGUCUACGUGUACGCGGGCCCGGGUUCCCAGCAGGUGGACGACUCGUACGCGGUGGACCUGAACAGCUACUUCACGACGUCGCGGCGCUACGUGUACAUUGUGAUCGACGGCCGCGGGUCCGGCGGCAGGGACAACAGGACGCUCUUCUCCGUCUACCGCCGGCUGGGCAGCGUCGAAGUCGAGGACCAGAUCAACGUCACCAAGCGGCUGACGGAGAAGUAUGGCUUCAUCGACGCCUCCCGUGUGGGCAUCUGGGGCUGGAGCUACGGCGGCUACGCUACGGCCAUGGCGCUGGCACAGGACGAGGAGGACGUCUUCAGGUGUGGAGUUUCCGUGGCACCAGUGUCCAGCUGGAUAUACUACAGUUCGCAGUACACGGAAGUGUACAUGGGACUACCGACGCCAGAGGAUAACGAGGCGGGCUACAACGCCAGUGACGUCACCAGGCUGGCGGAACGAUUCCAGAACAAGACGUUCUUCCUGAUCCACGGCACGGCGGACGACAACGUCCACUACCAGCACUCCAUGAUGCUGGCGCGAGCCCUGGAAAAUGCGGGCGUGAUCUUCAGACAACAGAGUUACCCAGACCAAGACCACACCGUGGCUGACCUGAGCACCCACCUCUACCGCAGCGUGGACGAGUUCUUCGCAGAAUGCUUCGAGGACCAGCAGCCUGCAUCCUCUUCGCCUGCAAAGACAGCCAGACGGUUGUUGCCAGUGCUGCUCUUACUGUGCACCGCUGCCUUCAGCUGACUGGCGGCACACUUCCACAAGCCAGCCUUAUAACACCACCUGCAGCAAUUGAGCGGGUACAAUGCCACUUCUCCUCUGCCUUCCAUAAAAAUGCUGUAGUAUUAUUUCUUAAGAAUCAUUUACUAGCUACUCAUACUGCAUACUUUUAGAACCAUCAUUUUUAUUGUUCCUCUCCUUUGGUUCCUUUAAGUAAAGACGUGUAAUGAGAUAAGAUGUCAGAAGUGUCCACCAUUUUGCUUUUGCAGUACUGCAUUGUGCCCACACCGACUCAGCAUACUUUGAAGGAACCUGCAUAUCUCCUAUUUUUUACAUUUUUUUAUAUUCCAUGAUGUUGAACAACACAUACCAUACCUUGUGACUUAAACUUAUCUUCCAUAUCAUAUCUCGAUAAUACCUCGACUGGUGAAAUUGCAUCAUUCAGAUAAAUUUCUCUAGAUCUAACAUGUUUCCACUUCUGUGAUAUCAAAAAGAACUGUGGCACCCACUGCAUGGUAUAUAUUAUUGUUACCUUGGUAGAUACAUGUGGUGCCUCAGUAUAUAUGUGUGUAUGUAGAUUGGUCCCUGUGUAUAAUGGCCAAAAUGCAAUGAGAGAGAGAUUACUGAAUAUGCGACAAGUGCUUCAAUAGUGACAUACAACGACCACAUCACCAGGAGUGUAAACAUUCCAAUAAAAUAAAUGCUUCGAUCCAUUUACGUUUGUUAAUCAAACCUUACUAUUGCCUUUACCAUAACGUUAGAACAGUAUUACAAACAUCAGUACCUGUAAUAGACCACUGGUAACAUCUGUGCCUCACAGUACGUCUGUGCACAAAUAUCUCACAACUGUAACUGAAAUUUAAACGUGGUUUACCAAGUUCCAGCUCCCCUAACAGUUACCGAGAUGCCAUAUCACCCCAUUUAUUAAUAUUGUCUGCAGUCCACUAAAUCUCCAAUACAAGAGAACAUCACCAAGAGCAGAAGAGAAGUAAGGUGGAAAUGAGCUCCACUGUGUCUUCCAUGCAAGAGAGAGCAAAUCAUGGGCAGAUUGCACCUUCUGCUGGGUAAGGUCUUCUUCAGAAGCGCCAGACAAUCUCAGGGUUGUCAUUCCCCCUGUGCUGCCUACUUUUCAAAUCUAUUUUCAGUAUUUGAUUAUAUUAAAUUCCUGUUUUCUGCAGUCAGCCAAUCUUGUCUUGAUUUUAAGCUUCUAUUUGUCUCUUGUAAACUUUAAUAGAAAUUGUUGGAAAAUGACUAUCUCCAUUUUCAGUAUUACUGGAGAGACAUUCACUGUGCACUCUAUGUUAGCUAUAUCCUAGAGCACCAUUAGGCGUCCUUGCAGCUUACUGAUGGCAAUCGGCGCCAAUAAUGUCAAUAAUGUAGCCUUCUGGAGCCAUGCAAGUAGACCCAGGGUUAGGGUAGCAGGAGGAGCUCUGAACUGUAAGCCAUCUGGCUCCCUCUCGUUUAGUGCACUGUCCAACACACAGAGAACACAAUGCACAGAAUCCAAGUUCCUAGGAUCAAUAAUUUAUUUUUAAUAGCUGCUCAGAAGGCUUGUAACAUUAUGAUGGAUAGCUAAGUUAAAAACAAAUGACUACUUACUGAUGACUGUCACUGUGAGUAUAACUACAUCAGUGACACCUAUUACAAUUCAAACAGAUUUUUGUGUCACAAACAGUUCCAUAACAUCACUGAUAAAUACCAUGUGAAGGAGGACAAAAUAAUCUUUCACGUGUAUUGUUGUAACUACUUUGUAUGUUCUUUCAGUAUGUAAAAUGUGUUCUCAAAAGUAAUGCUAGAAGCAGACAGUGACAUUCCACCAAGUAGUGAGAAAAUGUGUUGUACAUUCAAGUGUACAUCUGGUUAGCUACUGUUAAACAUUGCCAUGUCCUGUACAAGUAUCUCCAACUAAAGCAAUAAGCAGAUCAGCAAUGUUAACAGGAUGCCCACUUUAAAGAAAUGAAUAUCAAUUUAAUUAAAUUCAUCAUCUUGGUCUAUGCAAACUGAUUAUUCUUGAACUUCAGAUUCUACUUGAUUUGCUCCUCUUUUCAGCGGUAAUUAUUGUAAUGUGAUAUUUGGCUGUGAUCCACAACAAUUAAAUAAUGGGACAACGUAAAAAUCAUACAAAAAUGUAGAAAUGUAUAUUGAUAGUUUGGCUUUGUAUUUCUAAUGUGAUCAAUAAUCUGUGAAUUAUAGA